AUGGGGAGUGAGUCUAGUACAGGCGAGCAGAGUCAAGAUGGUAAGCCUGAUGUCGUCGAGGGAGCAGAUGCUGAUUUGCUUUCUACACAACUGAUUGCACCGGGCAUCCAAAGGAACAUUGAAGACGAGGUUGUGAUGGGUUUCACCAUAAAUAUGCUUCUGUAUCCUGUCAUACUGGUGUAUUUUUUAGUCACAUUUUGGUAUUUGACGAGCAGAGUCGUACCGUAUCAGUUCAUCGAUGAAAAAUUUCAUAUAGGCCAGACUCUAACCUAUCUCAAUGGCAAAUGGUCGCAAUGGGAUAAAAAAAUCACAACACCCCCAGGUCUAUACCUACUGGGCUGGGCAAACCACCAUCUGUUGAAGCCCAUAUUCAAAUCAUGGUCUACUCUUACGAUUUUGAGACUUGUCAAUCUCUUUGGUGGCGUGGUGAUCUUCCCCUGGGUUGUACUAAGACCUCUAUUCCUGUUCAAUGCCAUUGGGUUUUGGCCUAUUACACUGAUGUGUUUUCCGUUAUUGACCACCUAUUAUUAUUUGUACUAUACGGAUGUCUGGUCCACAAUUUUUAUCGUGGAGUCUUUAACGUUGAUCCUUACUUUGCCCUUGGGUGAGCGGAAAAGUAUAUGGGCAAGUUCUCUUUGUGCGGCAAUUAGUUGUCUUUUCAGACAAACCAACAUUAUCUGGACAGGGUUUAUCAUGGUCCUUGCAGUGGAAAGAAGGGCUAUACUUACCAAAAAGUUCAAUACUCACAAUGUCAACAACUAUUUGAAAGCGUUUAUUUUUGCCGUGGAAGAGUUCAACCAUGUUGUAAUGCCAUACGCUUUGAACUUUGUUCUAUUUUUCAUAUAUCUAAUAUGGAAUAGAUCAAUUACCCUUGGCGAUAAAUCCAAUCACUCUGUCGGGCUACAUUUCAUGCAAAUAUUUUAUUUGUUCCUCUUCAUCGCUGCCUUCAGCGUCCCCAUAUGGGGGUCGAGAAACUUUUUGAGAAGUUACAAGAACAGGUUUCUUUCAAAACCCAUCAGGACCUUUUUCGAAAUCAUAGGUAUCAUGUUAAUUAUCAGGUAUUUCACUAAAGUUCACCCAUUUUUACUAGCGGACAACAGACACUAUACUUUCUACCUGUUCAGGAAACUCCUCGGACACAAACGCAAACUGAUCAAAUACUGGUUCAUGGCACCAGUGUAUCACUUUUGUACCUUCAUCUACUUGGAACUAAUGAGACCAAACGAAAUGGUUUUCCAUCCUGUGUUACCCCUGCCAGUAAGAGAAACAAUCCAUUUGCCUUUACAAUUGACACAUAUUUCUUGGACUGCUCUAAUAGUGUGCACAUUUGCCACAUUAAUACCAUCUCCACUCCUGGAGCCAAGAUACUACAUUUUACCGUACUUGUUUUGGAGAAUUUUCAUUACGUGUAAUGCAGAGCCUAUAUUCGAGGAGUUGGUACCCGCCCAAAAUGAUGAACCUCCUGUUACUGUCAGCUCUACAGGAAGAUUACUUUGGGAGUUCCUUUGGUUUAUGGGCAUAAACGUUUUUACUUUAUUGAUUUUUAUUAGAUACACGUUCUCGUGGUCAGAUGAGCCGUUCCUACAACGGAUAAUUUGGUGA